AUGCAGAGAACCUUCAGUUACUCAAGCCAGCAAUAUGGAGCUUCAACACCUCCUCCAUCUUCUUCAUCGGGAACAACAACCACAACAGGAUCCUCAUCAUCGAUAUCACCUGUUAAUAGUGGAUCAUCUGUUUCUCCAUCUCAACAAAAAACAGGCUCUCAAGAAAAAGUUAAAUUAUUUGAAAAUAGAAAGGAAAGAGAAAAGUAUGAAAAUAUGGCUGAAUUAUAUUCUUUGAUUGUUUCUGUGGAACGAUUAGAAAAAGCCUAUGUCAAGGAUUCCAUUAUGGCCACUGAAUAUGCCGAUGCUUGUAGAAAAUUAAUUGCAAAAUUUAAAACUAUUCAACCAAUUGUUUCGGCAGAUGUACCUGAUAUUGAACGAUUCAUGAAAGAGUAUAGAUUGGAUUGUCCUGCAGCAACUAAUCGAUUGCUUAAAGUCGGUGUUCCAGCAACAGUCGAACAUGGAGGAAAGGAUCCUAACCAAACUGCACCAACUGUUAAAUUGAUUGCACAAGCGACCCAAUACUUUAUCACCGUCAUGGAUACCAUAAAACUUGGAUUGUUAGCCAAAGAUCAAUUAGCUCCGAUUUUGGUUGAUCUCAUGGAUUCUCUAAAUUCAUUACAUAUCAAAGACUUUGAAGGAAAGACAAAGAUUAGAGAUUGGACUGUUACUUUUAACCAGAUGAAGGCCCACGAAAGCAUAGAUGAGGACCAGGCACGACAAUUGUAUUAUGAUAUUGAACAGGCCUAUAACCAAUUUCACAAAGUGUUGCAAUAG